GUACAUCAGCAUCAAGCUAAGGUCAUUCUCAUUCGGGAACUUUCCAAGCACUGUACCACAGAAGACCUUAACUGCAAAUCUACAAUCUGUCAGAAUGUCUCUAUCAAACAAACUCACUCUGGACAAGGUGAAUGUGAAAGGAAAGCGCGUGAUCAUGAGGGUUGACUUCAAUGUCCCUAUGAAGGACAAGACAAUCACAAAUAACCAGAGAAUUAAGGCCGCAGUCCCAUCCAUCCAGCACUGUUUAGACAAUGGGGCCAAAGCAGUGAUCCUGAUGAGCCACUUGGGUCGGCCUGAUGGAGUCCCUAUGCCUAACAAGUACUCUCUGGAGCCCGUGGUUGUAGAACUCAAGAACCUGCUGGGAAAAGAUGUUCAGUUCCUGAAGGACUGUGUGGGUCCAGAUGUGGAGAAAGCUUGCGCAGACCCAGCUGCUGGUUCUGUCAUUCUGCUGGAGAACUUGCGGUUUCAUCUGGCUGAGGAGGGAAAAGGCAAAGAUGCAUCGGGUAACAAGACCAAAGCAACUCAAGGGGAAAUUGAUUCUUUCCGUGCCUCCCUGUCCAAGCUGGGUGACGUUUAUGUCAAUGAUGCCUUUGGUACUGCACACAGAGGACACAGCUCUAUGGUUGGAGUGAACCUCCCUCAAAAGGCGGCAGGUUUUCUGAUGAAGAAGGAGCUGGACUAUUUUGCCAUGGCCCUUGAGAAACCACAAAAGCCUUUCCUGGCCAUUCUCGGAGGGGCUAAGGUCAAAGAUAAGAUUCAACUGAUUAAUAACAUGUUGGAUAAGGUGGACGAGAUGAUCAUUGGUGGAGGAAUGGCAUUUACCUUCCUCAAGGUUCUUAACAACAUGGAGAUUGGCACUUCCCUGUAUGAUGAAGAGGGUGCCAAAAUUGUGAAAGACCUAAUGGCUAAGGCCGAGAAGAACGGAGUGAAGAUCGCACUCCCUGUCGACUUCGUCACUGCGGACAAGUUUGAUGAGAAGGCGGCGACAGGGACUUCCAAAGUUGCAGAUGGUAUUCCAGCUGGCUGGAUGGGUUUGGAUUGUGGUCCUGAGAGCUCUAAGCUCUACGCAGAGGCUGUAGCCAGAGCCAAGCAGAUUGUGUGGAACGGACCUGUCGGUGUGUUCGAGUGGGACAACUUCUCUCGUGGAACCAAAAACUUGAUGGACGAAGUUGUUAAAGCGACCAAAAAUGGCUGCAUCACCAUCAUUGGUGGGGGAGACACGGCGACAUGCUGUGCUAAGUGGGACACAGAGGACAAGGUUAGUCACGUAAGCACAGGAGGCGGAGCCAGUCUGGAGCUGCUGGAGGGAAAAGUGUUGCCUGGUGUCGAUGCCCUCAGCAACGUAUAAGCAGACCGAGCCUCUUCUUCCCAAAAAGCUGUCAUCUAUGCUCAUUCAGCCUUUGUUCAGUGCUGUGACCUGUUUGGGAUGCAAAUGAUGGCACCUAUUCUCUCUGAGGACAGUAUGCUGUGCUAGGGAUCCUGACUUGUACACAUACAGUCACAUUCAUACUUGCUUUUCUUCUAUUAAAUUGCCUAACAGAGGUUACAUCUUUCCUUGUCAGAUGUUUCUAUCUGUUAUGUUUUUAAGAGAGAAGAGAUGUCCUGUUGUUGUUUUUUUUGAGAGAUGGAUAAUUUUCCUGCUUAAGUGUUAAUGUGUCAUCCCAUCACAGUUUGAAUGUGUAUUCGGUGUAACCUUUGAGUGUUGUAAUUGUAGAGUUUAUAUUUAACACUUGUUGUCCCCCCACAGAUGUUGAGUAUAUGUAGAGCUGUAGGCACUUUCUUCCCCAUAAUGCACUUGUCAUUCUAGACCUGCGGCUUAUGAGAUAGAUGUUCCUCACUGGAAUUAUUAUGACAGGCUUAUGUUAGCCCCAAGUGGUCUGUUGCGGAAUAAGAACAAAAAUAAUAAAAAUAAUUUGAGUCAU